UAAGUGGAUGAAUAAAUGCAUGUGGCUAGCAAAUUCACCUGGAUCGAGCAAGGAGGCGUUGUUAGAUUAUUUAUAGCUACCCUAAGCAUGCAUCUGACACAAGGAGAAUAAAAAAAUCUGCUGCUCAAGAGAAGUGGUUAUGCCCCCAUCCCACAAAAACAACUAGCCUACUCAAAAUAAGUUCACUUGCUAACUAACAUACAGUUGUGCCCAGUAGGCAACAAUGAUUUAAAAGAUUAAGUUAAAAGUUAAUGUCAAUUGUAAUAGGCUACGUGUGCAAACAAUGCCCAGAGUUUGAAAGUCAAAUGUCGACAUCAUUCGAUUGGCUUCCACAAUGUAUCACUCGUUUUUUUAUUCUGCAUGUUGAAAAUGUGAUGACUUAGGUAGCGAACCCCCUCAGUGUUCUACCUCCCCUACUCGUUUAGCCACUUGCACGGUAGCAAGCUAGCUAGCCGGGGCAGUGCACGAAAGAGCGGAGAGGAGAAACAAAGGCUGGUCAAUAUUGCGCGCUAGCUAACGUGGAAUUCCAAACAACGGCAAUGACCAUGUGGACAACCCCACGGAUAUCUCCCGGGCUGCAAAUCGCCUCGCCUUGAUACGAGCUGUGAUGCGCCGCGGAACGGACGCCGCAGAAUCCAGAUUUAUAUUCUGACUUCACCGGUGCUGCUCGCCGCAUAUCUAAUCUCCGUAUCUUCUAAAUUAACCUCCUCUUCCCACCACACCACCAUUUUCAUUAUUCAGACUGAGAGGAAACGUCUGAGAUUAAUAAGGAUUAGUUCUCAGGGCACAGGUUGGGAGGAGUUGCUUGGGAAGACGUCAUUUAAGAGACUAGUGUUUAAAAUACUUUUUAAAAAAAGUAAAAUGUUUCAGUCCAGCAACUAAAAUGCAUGUUCUCAGAACGAUUCAUCAAAACCAUUGACAAAUUUUUUAUAUGACCAUAGAAUGAACCCAUGACUCGAGCAUUCCAGUGGAACUCAAAAGGCAAGCAUUUACAGGAAGUGUAAAUUUCCACCGCAUUUACUGUUGGCUGGAGUCAGAACAUUAUAAAGUCCAAUGGGUUUUAGAAUGUAGCCAUUUUGUUUUUUAAUGUCAAUUCUUGCAUUAAGACUCCCAUGUCUUAAAUAGCAUUUUUUUUUUUAAGUCACAGAGUCACUGUGAUGCAGUGUAGUGUAGUUUGUACAUUGAUGUCAUUAUAUUACCGUUGCUGAGAGGGGGCGAACAGGAGGUUAGGUCCUCGAGUCUGUGGAGCUGAGCUUCAAACGUCGCUAUCGAGACGCUCUGAGGGGCCAUGUUGGCUCUACUAGUCGCCGGGUCCGUCUUUUUCCCGGGCCUGUUCCUGCUGUCGAAGAACUGCCUCAGGCACAUCCCGGCCCUGCGGUGGAGCGAAGGAGACGCGGUUAUCGUCUCUGCCAGACUGGUCUCUUCCAUCCAAGCCGUGAUGGCGUCUUCAGCCGGUUACAUCAUCGCGACGUCAUGCGACGACAUCGUGGAGGACCAGCACUGGCUGACCAGCUCCUACAUCCUCUUCGCUGUGCCCUACUUUGUAUAUGACAUCUACGCCAUGUUCAUGUGCUACUGGUACAAGCUGUGGGUCAAAGGUCACGAGGCCGACGUCAGCCCCAAGGCCCUGGGCACAGCGCUCUCCAGCUACCUGCGCCGGGAGUUCCUCAUGGUCCUGCACCACGUCGUCAUGGUCACCGUCUGCUUCCCUGUCUCCGUGUUUUGGCGGCAGGGAAAAUGGGAUUAUUUCCAGGGAGUCAUGUUCCUGGCUGAGCUCAGCACUCCGUCCGUCUGUCUGGGAAAGAUCCUCAUUCAGUACAAACAGCAGCACACUCUCCUACACAAGGUGAACGGCGGUCUCAUGCUGGUCACCUUUUUUAUCUUUCGAGUCCUGCUCUUCCCUUAUCUCUACUACGCGUACAGCAGGUAUGCCUCUAUCCCGCUCUACAUGGUUCCCCUGUCCGUUCCCUGGCAGUGUAACCUGGGGGCCGCCCUGCUCAUGGCCCCUCAGCUCUACUGGUUCUGCCUGAUUUGCCGAGGGGCUUUCCGCCUGUUCACCGGCUCCUCCCGCUACCGCCGCCCGCCCCCCAGCCCCUGCGCCGACUCAGACCGCAAGGACCCCCUGCCCCCCCCGGCCAACGGCUACAGCGCCCCGGAAGCGAAGAGAGAGACCAACAGCCUCUGAGGAGGGCUGGGGGGAACUCCGGGAGCGGUGGGGGGGGAGCAGGGGCGGGGAUCUUGAAACCAAGGAGCGUCGGUUGGGAAGCCGUCAACUGAAACUCUGGGGCUUGUACUUUAGUGUAUUUUAACAUAAAAAAAGACAAAAACUGGGGCCUGCACAGAAAGGGAUGGAGUAGGGCUUAGAGAAGCAGCCACACAGCAGGUAAGAGAGAUGUUUGGGGGGGGUGGGGGUGGGAGAGACGGCCGCCACUCGCUGUCCAUCCCCCUCCCCAUCAGUCACUGCUAGUCCUCAGUCGCCAUCGCAGGAGCGCUUCCGGCGGGAAGGGGACGGAAUGGCGCGGUCGCAACGAGCCACGGAGGACUCGCUCGCCCCGAGGAUGAACCCGGCUUUCAGAGUGAAGGAGGGAGAGAGAGAGGGAAGGAGAGAGUGAGUGAGAGGGAGGGUGAGAGAGACAGACAGAGAGAGAGAGAGAGGUAGAGGGGAGGGAGAGAGAGAGAGAAGUAGAGGGGAGAGAGAGAGACAGAGAGAGAGAGAGGGAGGGUGAAAGAGGGAGAGAGGUAGAGGGAGGGAGGAGUCUAGCCUGGCGCCAGAGGUGGGGGCUCUGCAGUAGUGGUGACAUUGGCGGGAGAUGCCAAACACACAGCAGGCGGGUGGUGUGUGAAAUGCUAUCUGAGCGUUCUGAUCUUUCAGGUGCAGGAAUGUAUCAUACUGUAUAUCUUAGUAAAUAGUUGUAGAUAACCAGCUCAGCUUAUCAAAGAAUGAAAGCCCCAGUAUUUCAGCUGCAGUAAUUCAUGCUUAUUAUCUCCUGCUUACCCGCCGUUACCCAAACAACGCUGUUAACUCCCUGACGGCCAUGUGCUUCGGGAGGGAGAGGUCUCUGAUUCCGGAACAUUCUGCCUCGUCUGUCCUCUUUCUCUCUCGCACUGCUUUUCCCAGCGCCCAUUUUUUUAUUUAUUCUUUUAUUUAUCAUUUAUUUAUUUUUAUUUAUUUGCAAGGAAGGAGAACUUUCUUUAAUGUGACAAGUGUACAUAGUAAUUGAACUUUUUGGUCUCAUCUGUUACUUGUUUUUAAACUUUUUAGGAUUUUAUUGAAUGUUAAAUUUUGUUAGUAUGUAUAUUUAUAUAUAUAUAUUUAUGCAUACACUACAUGGCCAAAAGCAUGUGAGCACCUGAUAUUCAACAUCUCAUCCAAAAUUAUGGGCAUUAAAGAGGAGUUGGUCCACCCUUUGCUGCUAUAACAACUUCCACUCUUCUGGGAAGGCUUUAUACUAGAUGUUGGAGCAUUGCUGCAGGGAUUUGCUUCCAUUCAGCCAGAAUAGAGUUAAUGAGGUUGGGGACUGAUUGGGCGAUUAGGCCUGGCUCACAGUCAGCAUUACAUUUGCCCCUAAAGGUGUUGGAUGAGUUGAGGUCAGGGGUCUGUGCUGGCCAGGCAAGUCGUUCCACACCGUUCUAGACAAAACCAUUUCUAUAUGGACCUCGCUGUGUGCCCGGGGGCAUUGUGUAGCUGAAACAGGAAUGGGCCUUCCCCAAACUGUUGGGGGAGAACAGAAUCGUCUAGAAUGUGAUUGUAUGCUGUAGCAUUAAGAUUUGCCUUCACUGGAACUAAGGGGCAUAGCCCAAACCACGAAAAACAGCCCCAGACCAAGGAAUGUCCAGAUACUUUACGGUCAUACAGGGUAUAUAUACUGUGAGGAAGAACUUGACUGGCCUGCACAGAACCUUGCCGGAGUAUAAAUGCAAAACCUGCGACAAAGUUUAAAUCAGGCUUGAUGCUCUUCUGGCUGACUGGAAGCAGAUCCCUGCAGCUAUGCUCCAACAUCUCGUAUAAAGCCUUCCCAGAAGAGUGGAGGUUGUUAUAGCUGCAAAAGGUGGACCAACUCCAUGUUAACGCCCAUAAUUUUAGAUGAGAUGUUGGAUGUCAGGUGUCCACAUACUUUUGGCUGUGUAGUGUAUGCACUGACAAAUUAAUAUAGUUAUUUGUGUGUUUUUAGUUUUUUUAUUUAUAUUUGUUUAAGGACUGUGAUUUUAGUACGGGUAUUUUAUUUAUAUUCCACUUAAGGAUGGUGUUCUUUAUCGAGCUCCAUUUCUGUGUCGUUCGGGAACACACGCAGCAGAUUGGGACAGAAAGUAGGAUGAAGGUUCGGAGGAGGUGCGGUGAUGUGUUUUUCAUUCCAACUGACUCUCUGCCCAGGAAUGCUGCAGCCGUAACCACGAUAACAGCGUCUCGCGGAAGGACUGGACGCUGCUGAUCCGCUGGGCGCUAAGGUGUACAGGACCAAUGGACGUGACCCCCCUUGGGAGCGCUAUAAAAUAAUACAGUAUUAUGUAGCAUAGAGAAGGUCACAGGAUAUAGGUAGCGUAAAUGCACAGACUUGUGUUUUAACAUGGGCACCACGAUAAGUGGACACUGCACUGAGAGAGAUUAACCUGCGAGAUGGUUGACGAAAGCAUUAGUAAUAUGCUGCGAGAAGGGAUUCAUGGAGUGCGACCCUGUGCUACAUACGCGGUAGCCGCUAGAUUGGCUCUGAACUUCUGAAGUCCGGCGUGUCUGUUUGAAGAGCACGAGAGUCAUAUUUCUGUUGAACUUUCAAAAGUGCUGUUAACUGCAAAUGCUAUCACAAUGGAUCUCAAAAGAGCCAGUGGCUGAAAAUAGUAAA